GUUUCCCAAUCGAAAAUAAAUUCCGUACAGAAUUUUCGUGUUUUAAAGUAAAAAUUACCUUUUGUUUUGUCUUUUAUUGAUUACAAUCCUUCAAAACUACGAACUAAAAGAUGACCUCUUGCACUAUUUUACGGUUCACCGGAACGCGUAACGUAACAGCUGACAGUGCAGUCCGGUCGACCUUCUGCUACAGCAAAGGUAAAUUGAUUUUCCCCGUUGUUAACAAAGAAUUUUAACAAAUCAACCGACAGCGUUGUGAGGGACAUGAAGGUUUCCCCAGCAAGAGACAAUCACAUGAUGUUUUCACAUUGAUCUCCACAGUAAUAACAUCUCAGGUUAAUCAUUAUUUUUACGUGUAAUCACCAAUAAAAGGGAACUUAUCAACAUAUCAUAAGAUGGAGAUUCCACAAGUAAAUCUGACCAUAGAGGGUGCUGUUGAACCCAUCUCGAAGUGGAACACCUACGCUAAGACACUGUUAUAUUGGACAUACGAGGGGGUUGAUUACAGCAUAGAUGGAACAGGAGGCGAGGAUUGCGUAAACUUUUUAGGCCUCGGUCAACGCCUCAUCGAGACCUUCUUUGCCUGUGGGUUAGCCUGCUUGGCAAUGUACGUGGCAUAUCCCAGGUUGAAGCUUCCACAGGCCUUAGCAGAAGAUAGAAAUUCUAAAAUGAAGAGAUUUUUGUCAGUAUUACUGACACUGACAUUUGGCGUGGAAUUAGGCUACAAGUUGGCUACCAAGCAGUUUAUUUGGAUAUUUAACCCUUGCCAUCUGGAAACCAUAGCACAGAUUUUUCUGCUGGCCGCCCCUUCCAACAAGUACGUGACCACUGUAUUCCGUCUACACAUGUACGCAUUUCACGGCGCAACCCUUGCCAUGCUACUUCCUGUUACGAACACAAGACUGCUGCCUUUUGAGACAGAGGUCUAUUACGUGCAGCAUAUACUGAUGUUGCUGGUACCGUAUUUUCUUAUGAGAGAAAGGGGUCCUUACCUCACAGAACCUAUAUCAGAUAUAUGGUGGCCCCUUAUGGCUCUGGGAAUUCUGUAUUUUUGGCACUUUGGACCACUCCACUAUAUAGCUUAUCUUUCUCAGGUCAACCUGAACAACAUGCUGUGCCCAGCCAUCAGUGACCCGUUCUAUGGGCCACGCUACAGGUGGUGGGCCAUGGGGCACCAGGUGCUGAUGAUCCCCCUCCAUGCCAAGGUGUACACCUAUGUGGCCAACCUCCUCCUGCCCAGCAGCACUCAGGACUCCCACAGGGGCAGGGGGGACAGCCUCGGCUCCAACGGACAUGCUAAGAUGAACUGAAGACAGGGGCGGAGGAUUGUAGAAGAUGUAGAACUGAUAGCAGGAUGUUGAACUCAUACCAGGAUGUAGAACUGAUACCAUGAUGUUGAAUUGAUACCAUGAUGUUGAAUUGAUACCAUGAUGUUGAACUGGUACAAAGAUGUUGGACUGGUACCAGGAUGUUGGACUAAUACCAGGAUGUUUGACUGGUACCAGGAUGUAGAACUUAUACCAGGAUGUUGAAUUUAUACCAUGAUGUUGAAUUGAUACCAUGAUGUUGGACUGGUACCAGGAUGUUGAACUUAUACCAGGAUGUUGAAUUCAUACCAUGAUGUUGAAUUCAUACCAUGAUGUUGAAUUCAUACCAUGAUGUUGGACUGGUACCAGGAUGUUGAACUUAUACCAGGAUGUUGGACUGGUACCAGGAUGUUGAACUUAUACCAGGAUGUUGAAUUGAUACCAUGAUGUUGAAUUGAUACCAGGAUGUUUGACUGGUACCAGGAUGUUCAAGGCUUUUUUCUGAAAUGAAUUGAUACCAGUGAAUAAACCUGAUCAAAAUGAUCAAUAACUGUGCUAAUUAACUGAUACCAGUGAAUAGAGCAGUUUGUGGGAAGGUGUUAGGCAUGCUUUGAUACUACUUAAAACAAUAUGUGAUGUGAUUCAGUGAACUGCAGCCACAGAAGAGGUACAGUCCAGAUCUGUUGACAUGGUUGGGUGCUGCUGGUAUCAAAGAGUUUGGGCACAGGGCAGUGACAGACAUGCUGAAGUGAUCAGUCACCAGUGAGAAGACUUGUCCACUUGGCAGAGAAAAAGGAGACCUUGUUAGAAGUGAACAGAAGAGUGGAUUGUGUGAUGUUUCAUAGACAUGUUAAAAUGUCCUGUCUGUGUUUUUUUUU